GGCCCGGCCCUCGGCCGCCGGCGAGCCCCGGUACCGCCGCACCAGCGCUCGCCUAAGAUGCGCCGCCCGACGGCGCGGGGGAUGCGCUCUGCCCCCGGCUCCCGCGAAGCCGCGCUCGCCCCUCUGCGGCCCGGCCCGGAGCUAUGAGUGCCUUCCUCGCUCCGCACCCGCGCUGCGCACCGCGGCCCUUUACGCCUACCACCACCACCGCUGCCGCCGCCCAAGCCCCGGAGACGCGCGCAGGACUGCAAAAUGGAUUUAGGAUUCAAAGACCUUAACAACAGGACACCUACCAAGAACACCUCGGCUGCUACAAAGAAUUUUUCUGCCUGGGAAGAUUAUAGAAGUAGUGUUGACGACAUACAAUACUUUCUUAUUGGGCUGUACACACUGAUAAGUCUGGCUGGCUUUAUGGGAAAUCUGCUUAUACUAACGGCUCUACUAAAGCGCAAGCAGAAGAUGAUAAUAAACAUUCUUAUCGGCAGCUUGGCCUUUUCUGACAUCUUAGUUGUGCUGUUUUGUUCUCCGUUCACAUUGACAUCUGUCCUGCUUGACCAAUGGAUGUUUGGCACUGUCAUGUGCCAUGUAAUGCCUUUCCUCCAGUGCACAUCAGUUCUAGUUUCAACUUUGAUGUUAAUAUCUAUUGCUGCAGUCAGGUACCGUAUGAUCAAAUAUCCCCUUUCUAGGAAUUUAACAGCAAAACAAGGCUAUUUCUUAAUAGUGACCAUUUGGGCCCUCGGCUUUGCCAUUUGCUCCCCUCUGCCAGUUUUCCACAGAAUUGUGGACCUCAGCAAAACUCUGAAUUUAGAGGCACUGGAGAACAGGCUCUUGUGUAUUGAGUCGUGGCCUUCCGAUUCCUACAGAAUCGCCUUUACAAUAGCCUUAUUGUUCAUGCAGUACAUAUUGCCGCUGGCAUGUCUAACUGCCAGCCACACCAGCGUCUGCAGGAGCAUAGGUUCCAGACUGUCACACAAGGAAGACAAGUUUGAAGAGAAGGAGAUGAUCAACCUAGCCUCUAAGACAAACCAUCCCUCUAAGAGUACCAGCACCCAGGUGCAGCCCUCCGGCCGUUCCAGAUGGAGCUACACCUUUGGCAAAAAGCACCACAGAAGAUACAGUAAAAAGACUUCAAGUGUGGUGCCAGCUAUUUCAAGGCAUCAUCAGGGUAUUCAUUCCAGAGGCCUCCCAGAAACCUCUGGCACAGAAAAAAGCCAGCUCUCUUCCUCCAGUAAAUUCAUCCCUGGGAUACCUAUCUGUUUUGAGAUGAAACCAGAAGAAAAUACAGAGAUCCAGGACAUGAUUACAGUAUCCCAAUCCAUCAUCAGAAUUAAGACAAGAUCUAGGAGAGUUUUUUGCAGAUUGACAGUGCUAAUCCUAGUUUUUGGUUUCAGUUGGAUGCCUCUUCACCUUUUCCACAUUGUGACAGAUUUUAAUGCCACUCUCAUUUCUAACAGACAUUUUAAAUUAGUAUAUUGUAUAUGCCAUUUACUAGGUAUGAUGUCCUGCUGCUUGAAUCCCAUCCUCUACGGGUUCCUUAACAACAGCAUAAAAGCCGAUUUAAUGUCCCUUAUUCCAUGCUGCCAAAUACCAUGAUUUUAUGUGCCCCAAGAUAAAAUAAAACAAACAAGUUUGGCUUUCAAGUCUACUGAUGUGUAUAGCUGUAAAAGCUAAAUUAGUUUAGUUUAGGUAGUCUGACUUGGUUGUGAUUAGUAGCGUUUCGUGCAAAUGGAUAGUUCUAUGGCUGCAUGUAUUUCUUGCACUGGGCAAAAAUGUAUACAUAUACUAUAAUAUUCUUCUGUCUGUUACACAUAGGAAAUCAUGCCCAGUAUACAAAACCAGAAUGCCAUUUUCAUUACCUGAAAUAUUGGCAAUCUGUACUUUGGAAUUAAACAAAAUAUGUAAUGAGUAAUAAAUGUAAGACUACUUAGACAUAACAGUAUUAACUAUCAUAAAACUAUAAUAAAAUACAUACUGUUUACUAAA